GUGAAUAGAAACACUAUUGGGAAAUUCAUAGAGAUCAGUAUAGUAAUUCCUUCGGGCCUGAAUUGGCAGAUGAUCCACCUUAGAGAAUAAAGAAAGUUGAAGAAGUAAAAAAGUGGAAUUUUUAACUACCAAACGCCUUAUCCUUAACUAUCCUAAGCCAACGAUUCCACUUACCUGAGCCACCUUCGUCCUUCAUCAACGAAAUAGAGCUAGCAGAGUCAGACUCCACCUGAAAACCAACUGAGUCGAUUUUAUAAUGGCCUUCAUCUCUGCUUCCUCACUCGUUGAAGCCUGAAGACAGAAGCUAAUAGCUCACAACAUCUACCCGGUCUGGUUCCUCAUGAUAGCGCCACCAGUCACCUUCCCAGAUGAGAGCUUUGCUCUUAGCUAGAUCUGCCGUGGCUGGUGGGUUAACUUGAAGUUCCUACAGUAGGCAAGACAAAAAAGAAUUGAAGAAGGAAGAUGUUUGAUCACAUAACAGCAAGUGAAAUAGCAGGCUAUGCCGUUGGUGCUUUGCUACUGUGUGCAACCAUAUCUGCCCCUAAGAUUGACUCUUUAUUCGCUGCUCCUCAGCGCAGUUCACUGGGGAUGUGCAAAAGAUGCGGGGAUCUGAAGGUGUUAGCAUGCAGGAAAUGCAAGGGGUCUGGAGUUAUUAGACCCUUCAAUUUCAUUCCUCCUAAUGAUGAUCAUGAUUAUCAAUUAGCUGCCUCAAAAUGGAGAUUAGCAUCCUCCUCUUGUGCCAAGUGUCAGGCCAGAGGUCAUUUUAGCUGCCCGGAGUGCUCAAAGAAGCUGCCCCAAUCUUAAAUCUUCAUCUGCAUCUCAUUAUCAUCAGCUGAUGAUUGUGUAUUUCUGCUUUUCCUCUUUCUGGCUUUGUGUUCGCUGAAGGAUUUAUAAAUGCUGCUUCUGUGGGAUUUUCACUGAGUAACAUGUAUGAAUAAAACUGUAUAGAUAAGGAGCAGUGUAUGUAUAAAAUUGAAAGUAAGAGUAAAGACACUUAUCUUUUGAUGCAGUAAUAGUUUCCAAACAAGUGAAAACAGAGGAAAUAAGACUUAACUUGCAUGCAA